AUGGAUGUCCCCGUCAACAGCAGAGACUUCCACUGUCUGCAGCUGGCCUGUGUGGCCCUUGGCCUUGUGGCUGGCAGCAUCAUCAUCGGCGUUUCUGUGUCCAAAGCUGCAGCUGCUGUGGGUGGUGUCUUCCUUGGUGCUGCUGGGCUCGGUCUCCUCAUCUUCGCCUACCCUUUCCUGAAAGCUCGGUUCAACCUGGACCACAUCCUGCCUUCUAUCGACUCAACCACAGGGUCUCAUUCCACAGGAGGAGGCCUGAGAAUCCACCCUAACCCAGGGCCAGACCAUGGGGAGGGCAGAUCCAACAGCAACAGCAACAAGGAAGGUGGCCGGAGCAGCCUGUCCACUGUGAGCAAGGCCUUGGAGAAGUUGAAGCCAGGAGCCCGGGCCACCGAGGAAGGCUGA